AUUAACGAACUUUAAAAGAAUUUUGAUUUCCAUUGUUUUUUUAACGUAUUGUUCAUGUGCUGUUAAUAAUAUUAACUUGCCCUCUAGGUUUUUCAUUUAUGCAGAACAACACAUCAUUUUAUAUUUCGAAUUGCUAAAUUAAAAAAAUCAUUAAAGUAAUAACAAUGAGCGGAGAAAUUUCGGAUAGUUCAGACUAUUCCACUGAUGAUAUUCCCAUAAUGAAAAAUAAAAAAAAUAUGGUAUGGGAUAGUACUGAUGAUGAAGAUAAUUCUUCAGUCAUGGAAUCAUCAGAACCUAAUGAUGUAAAAGUUCCCACUAAAACUGAUGGCAACAAUAUAAUUACUAGUACUCCAGAACGAUCGAUAUUUAUGGGAAGAAGCUCCUUUGGUACAUCUAUUAUUGAAAAAAAACCUGAUUCUCUUAUUAUAUCUGACACUGAUGAUGAACUCUCUGAAUCUGCAGUAUCAAAUAAGGCAGAAAAUGUUACUUCAAACUUGAUUAUAGUCAGUAGCAAAGAGAAUUCUUUUUCAACACCUCAACCUAAAAAAUCUAAUGCUUAUGAUACAAAAAAAUCUGAUAUGUUAAAAAUUCCUUCCGAAGAGGAAUUUAGGAAAAGGAAAUCUUUCAUGACACCUCAAGUAAGAAAACAGGUUGAUGAUGAUUCUGAUAGCUCUGAAAAAGAAGUUGAUUCUGAUAUUAUUGAUACUAGUCAAAUUCUUGAAGACUCUUUUGAACCAGAAACACCUAAAGCAUUUUAUGAUGAAGACAAAAAACAUUUUACGACUUCAAUUAAAAAGACUGAUACAUCUGCUGAAAAAGUGAAGGUACAAGUUAAAUUGGAUGAUAUUGUUAAGAAAAUGUCAUCAAAUGAUGUAGAGGAUAAGAUAAAAUGUAAAAGGACAGAAUACAAUGAACAGUUGAAGAUGAUUCAAACAUAUGAAGCAGAUUUAUUUAGAAUCAAGAAAACCAUGUCCAAUGUGAAUUUACCUGGCCUUCCUGAUAAGGGACAGCUUUUAAAAUCCAAGUUCGAAACAAUUAAAACCAAAUUUUUGGAAGCCCAAAAUCGACUGAAACAGAUGACUGUGGUUGAAGAGGAUGUGCCCGAAAAAAACAACACAGAGAAAACACCAUCCUUGAACGUUUGGAAUGACCUUGAAGCUGGUAUAGCCAUAGUGCAACCAAAAACUUUUGGCAAAAAAGGGUUGGAGAAUUUUCAAUCUCAAAAAGUUUUAACUUCUGAGAGUUUGGAGCAACUUCAUGGUUCAUUAAAAAAUUGCCCAAAGGAUGAUGUACUAGCAGAGGAGCCUAAAGGAAUCAAGGUCAGUCUUAUGGAACACCAGAGAAGAGCCUUAGCAUGGUUGUUGUAUAGGGAAACACAAAGGCCACCUGGAGGAAUUUUAGCGGAUGAUAUGGGUCUUGGAAAAACACUGACUAUGAUAUCUCUUGUUUUAAAAAAGACUAAACAUACUGAGGAAGAGGAUGAUGACAGGGAAGAGGAGGAAUCUUCUAAAAAAUAUAGAAAAUACAAUGGUGGCACUCUAGUGGUAUGUCCCGCAAGUCUUCUUAAUCAAUGGGCACAAGAGAUAGAUACUAAACUCAAGAGGGGUUUACUUUCUUAUAAUGUUUAUCAUGGCCCUAAAAGAGAGGUAAAACCCAAAAGAUUGGCAGAAUAUGAUGUUGUAAUCACCACAUACAGUAUUGUAAUGAACGAGAUUGACAAAGAAGGAGCUAUAUUCAGAGUUAGAUGGAAUAGAAUCAUUCUUGAUGAAGCACACACAAUUAGAAAUCACAAAGCCCAAACUUCUGUUGCCUGUUGCGAAUUAGCUGGUAAACACAGAUGGGCACUAACAGGGACACCUGUUCACAAUAAAGAGCUUGAUAUGUACGCUCUUUUAAAAUUUUUAAGAUGUUCACCUUUUGACGAUUUAGCGGUUUGGAAAAGGUGGGUAGGUGAUAAGGGAACUGGAGGUGGGGAAAGACUAAAUACUGUGAUUUCCACUUUGAUGUUGAGGCGUACAAAGGCCGAACUUAUGGAACAAGGAAAGCUGACUACUAUGCCUUCUCGUAAAUGGGAUCUGAUCCCAGUCAACUUGGACGAAAGUGAAAUGAGCUUGUAUCAGAAAAUCCUUCUCUUUUCACAGACUUUAUUCGCUCAGUUUCUGCAUCAAAGAGCAGAGAAAGGGCAAGAGAUCGUUAAUCUUAGAAAUUCAAAUGCUAUCCCAAACAAUGAAUAUGCGAAAAUGAGGAAAAAGCUUCUAACCAUGAAUCAAAUGAGAGAAGUUAACCAACAUGAAAUCUUGGUUUUAUUGCUUAGGUUGAGGCAAAUUUGUUGUCAUCCUUCACUAAUUGUAAAUAUGCUACAAGGAGAUGAAGAUUUAGGUGAAGAUGAUGAGACUGAAGGAAGGGAGGAAAUAAAUCUGCUGGAACAAUUGAACAAAUUGAAUUUAGAUGAUGAUCAGACGGGUUUUUCAGCAGAGGGUUUAUCAGAAGAAAAAGUCGGAUUCAAAGAGGCAACAAAGGGUAUUUUGAACCCAUCACAUCCAUUAUUUGCGAAAGAUCGUAUUAGUAGUAAAGUCAAAUCUGCCUUGGAUUUAAUUCCUAACAUUAUAGCAAGUGGCGAUAAAAUCAUUGUUGUUUCUCAAUGGACCAGUUUUUUGGAACUAUUUGGAUGGCAUCUUAAAGAAGCUGGUAUAAAAUUUACACAAUUAGAUGGUAGAGUUCCCACAGCAAAAAGAACAGAUAUGGUGAACAACUUCAAUGAUCCCAACAGUAGAGUAAAGAUUUUAUUACUUUCUUUAACGGCUGGUGGGGUAGGCUUAAAUUUAGUAGGAGCAAAUCAUCUUUUCCUAUUGGACUUGCAUUGGAAUCCGCAGUUAGAAAAACAGGCACAAGAUAGAAUAUACCGGAUGGGCCAGAAAAAAAACGUAUUUGUAUAUAAAUUCAUGACACAUGAAACUAUUGAGGAAAGAAUAAAAAACUUGCAAGAUGCUAAAAUUGCCAUAUCGGAGAGCAUGUUGACAGGAUCCAAAAUUGCAGUUGGUAAUAAACUCAGUUUACAGGACUUGAAAAUGUUGUUCAACAUGUAAUAUAAUUUUAAUGAUGUGAUAUUUACGCUGAGUUAAAGUUUAUGAAUAUUUUAAUUUAGUUCAAUAAAAUUUUUUACCAAUGUUAAA